AUGAAAACUGCAACUAAUGGAACUCUUUUAACAAAAGAUCAAUGGAAAUCAAAAAUGGGUAAUAUUAUAGAAAUGUUUUAUAAAAAGAAAUUAGAUUAUAAACAAUUUGUUGAUUCUUAUUUUGCUAAAUUAGAAGAAAUUUUACGUAUGAUUAGAAAGAAAUUUAAUGAAACAAUUGCUAAUCUUAAUGAAGAAAGAAUGAUUCUUGAAACAAUAUUCUUUAAUGGUUGUAUGAAUAAAGUCUAUAAAGAACUCGCUUUAGAAAAAGAAGAAGAUUAUUGUGAAGUAAAUGUUAAAUUUUUUCAAUUAUAUCCAUUUGAAAUUGUUGUUCAAUUUGACUCACUUGGAAUAUUUGAAUUAUCAAUAAGUGAAGCAAGUACAAUAUUAAAUCAAAUUAAGGUUCAAGCUGAAAGAUUGAAAGAUCCUCAUUAUAAAAUUAAAGAACAAUUAUUUGUUAUAAGAAAAUUAUGUUCAAGUGAUGAAGAAUUUAAAGAAAUGUUAAAUACAAUCACUUCUUAUAAAUUUAAUAACACUUUAAAAUGUCAAAAGUUAGAUAAAUAUUAUUCUUUUUAUAAUGAAACUUCUCCUGAAAUGAUUUUUAAAAGAAAAGUUGAUGAAAUUAUUGUUACUCCACCAACAACUACUCAUUUAAAGGAAAAGAAAUUAUUAAAAUUCUUUACUUUAAAUUAA